GCGUGGGGAGGGGCACAGAUUACACCCAAAGCCGGCAAACUGGAUGAGGUCUAUAACCAGUUAAGUAAAGUGAAAAAUAUAAAAGUGUAUAAAAGGGAUGACAUUCCUGAAAAGUUUCAUUAUAAACACAAUUCAUUGGUUUUGCCUAUUCUGGUGACGGCUGAUGUCGGUUACGAAAUCCAACCGCCUAAAAUUGAUGGGGUGGUAUUACCUGGAGGGUACACAAAACCGUCAAAGCCAUCCGGUGGUAACCACGGCUAUAAUGUCAGUGAAUUGACUGAUAUGAGAGGCAUUAUGUAUGGCUUUGGACCCGCUUUAAAGAAGAAUUAUACCGCGGAGUCAUUAGAAAUGGUCGAUCACUACAACCUAUUCUGUCAUAUAUUGGGUAUUAAUCCCAUCCCUAAUAACGGAACCGAUAGUAAAGCGCGAGAAAUGCUUGUAAGCAGUGGAGACAAUAGU